GGGCGGCGGCGGGCAGAGGGAGGCAGCGCGGCCGCGGCACCCGCUGCUCGGGGGGGAUGUGAGGCGGCGCCGCCGCCCCGGGAACCAUGGCCGGGCUCCUGCCGCUGCCGCUGCUGCUGCCGCUGCUGCUGCCGGCGGGACCCGCCGGGGCCUCCAAGGACAAGUGCUUCACCAAGCUGUACACGGCGAGCGGGGAGUGCUGCCGGGCCUGCAACCUGGGCGAGGGCGUCGUGCAGCCCUGCGGCGUGAACCAGACCGUCUGCGAGCCCUGCCUCGACAGCGUGACCUACUCGGACACGGUGAGCGCCACGGAGCCGUGCAAGCCCUGCACGCAGUGCGUGGGGCUGCAGAGCAUGUCGGCGCCCUGCGUGGAGUCGGACGACGCCGUGUGCCGCUGCGCCUACGGCUACUACCAGGACGAGGCGAGCGGCGCGUGCCGGGAGUGCCGGCUCUGCGAGGUGGGCUUCGGCCUCAUGUUCCCCUGCCGCGACGCGCAGGACACGGUGUGCGAGGAGUGCCCCGAGGGCACCUUCUCCGACGAGGCCAACUUCGUGGACCCCUGCCUGCCCUGCACCAUCUGCGAGGAGAACGAGGUGCUGGUCAAGGAGUGCACGGCCACCUCCGACGCCGAGUGCAGAGAUCUCCACCCUCGCUGGACCACGCAGACGCCGGCGCUGGCGGGCUCCGACAGCCCCGAGCCCGUCACCCGGGACCCCCCCGGCAGCGAGGCGGCGCCCAGCACCGCGGCGGACGCCGGCACCACCGUCAUGGGCAGCUCGCAGCCCGUGGUGAGCCACGGCACCGCCGACAACCUCAUCCCCGUCUACUGCUCCAUCCUGGCGGCCGUGGUGGUGGGGCUGGUGGCCUACAUCGCCUUCAAAAGGUGGAACAGCUGCAAGCAGAACAAGCAGGGCGCCAACAACCGCCCCGUGAACCAGACGCCCUCGCCCGAGGGCGAGAAGCUGCACAGCGACAGCGGCAUCUCCGUCGACAGCCAGAGCCUGCACGACCAGCAGCCGCCGGGCCAGGGCACCCAGGCGCCAGCGCCCAAGGGCGACGGGAGCCUCUACGCCAGCCUGCCGCCGGGCAAGCAGGAGGAGGUGGAGAAGCUGCUGAGCAGCUCGGCCGAGGAGACGUGGAGGCGGCUGGCGGCCGAGCUGGGCUACGGCGAGGAGCCACUGGAGGCCUUUGCGCGCGGCGAGGCGCCCGCCCGCGCCCUCCUGGCCGACUGGGCCUCCCGGGAGACCGCCACCCUGGAGGCCCUGCUGGCCGCCCUGCGCAGGAUCCAGCGCGCCGACAUCGCCGAGAGCCUCUACAGCGAGUCCACGGCCACGUCGCCCGUGUGAGCGGCGCCCGGGCCGGGGGAGGAGCCGCCGGGCAGCCCCCCGUGGUCCCUCUCCCGGCGCGGAUGCUCCCGGGCUCAGCCCCGCGCCGGCGCCCCCCUUCCCCAGCCCCUUCUCCCUCGCCCGCGGCUCCGGU